UGACUACAAACUGUGAUCAAUGUUCACAAGAUAUGUCUUGACAAAUACAGGAAAUAGCUCGUAAAACAAUUCAGUAAGUGCAAAUGGCUUCAGGAAACCAUAUAUCGUGUGGUCCUUGUAUGUUUGUUGACGUCACAAAGGAUGCUGAAAGAUGGUGCACUAAAUGUGAAGAAGGUUUAUGUGACGAUUGCGAAAAGGCUCACAGAAAAAGCAAAGCCUCCAGAAACCAUCAGCUGAUUUCAAUAGAAGAUUAUCGAAAGAUUGAACAUGUUUCAAUCUCCCUGGUCUGUGAGCAUCAUGGGGAAAACAUGGAAUGGUUCUGUAAAAGUCACGACGAAGUCCUCUGUGUUGUUUGUGUUCCAUCAAAACACAAGGCAUGUCCUGAUGUUAUACCAAUUAGUGCUGACUCAACAAAUGCAAGACAAUCAACUGCGUUAUCUGACCUUGAGGAGAGAAUUGAGGAAACUUUGCGCAACGUGCAACAAUGCAUCAAAAAUCGUGAAUCUGGUACAAAGGAACUCGGAAAACAAGAACUGGCUGUAAAAACUGUGGUUCUUGAAACAAGAACGAAAAUAAACGGACAACUAGACAGGCUUCAGGAGAAAUUGUUGCAAGAACUAAAAUCAACAACUGACACUUGCAAAUCAAAAUAUAUGAAAAUUCUUCAGAAGCUAAAAUCAACAGAAGAAAUGCUUACCAAACUAAGGGAACAAACAAUACAUAUGAAACAAUUUUCAUCUGACAUACAAGUAUUUCUUGGAACGCGUCAGGUGAAUAAGCGGGUCGGAAGCGAGGUAGAAUCCAUCAAGAACGAUAUACGUGGUGUCAACAAGGACUAUAACUUAAAAAUAUCUAUUGAUGGACUAAUCCAAAAAUUAUCCAACGAAGUUGAAGAAUUUGGUAAAAUAACGGUAUCAGAAUCCGUCACCAACCUUGAUUUCAGAGAUUCCAAAAUCGAUCAAGCUCAAACUGAGAUCAAUGUCCCAACAACAAGAAAUAUACCCGAUAUAAAGCUACAGCUAAUCAGAACAUUUGACAUGAAUAAGAGAAAUGAAAUAUAUAUAACAGGAUGUGUAAUAUUACCAAAUGGUCGAUUAGUUAUUUCGAACAGCACAAAAGAAAAUAAAUUAAUAGAGUACAGUGAUACAGGUGAACACAUCCGUGACAUUUCAGUCUCCGGUAAGCCGUUUGGUAUCACGAUGAUAGAUCCUGAUCGAAUUGUUGUGACGUACGGUGACGCACGUAUAGUAGAAAUAAUGCAUACCGAUAAUUUCACCGUUGAAAAGAAGAUCAGCUUACAAGAGAGUUGUUAUGGAAUAUCUCACGAGGAUGGGAAACUUUACGUAGCAAAUGGACACGGCGUACUAGUCAUUGAUCUAUCAGGAAAAGAAUUGGAAACACUGAAAAAAGUAUCUAAUACUAUAGUUUACAUCAAGUCGAGCAGGGACAAGAUAUUUUACACAGAUUACAGCACGCAAAAGGUACAUUGUUGUCAUUUGAAUGGGGAAGAAUUAUGGCAAAGCAAAAUUGAUAGCGUUCAACUUCCAUUCGGGAUAACAAUAGACAAUUGCCAUAACGUUUACGUUGUAGGUUAUGUUUCCAAUAAUCUAACAAUUAUACAACAUGACGGGAAAGACAGUAAAACAUUACUGACAAAAUCAGAUGGAAUGAAUCAUCCACAAGCUGUUGACUUAGAUAUGAAUACCAACACAUUGCUUAUAUGCAAUGAAAGAGGAUUAUUUGCUGUGUACAAAGUUGUUUAGAACUUUUUAUAUGCAAUUGAUCAGACCUAAGUGUUUUAGAAAUUUAAUUAUAUAUGUACAGGAAAGAGAUGAUAUUUUAUUUUCAAAAAAGGAAAUUUUUGCUUCAAAAUAAGUUUUCAUAAACAAAAUUGCGUUACAUGUUGCAUAACUUUGUGUGUAAAGACAGGGAACAGCUGUUUUGUUUACGAACGAUCGAUUUUAUACUCAACUGUAAUGAACUGUAAGCUUUUGUAUAUAGAAAACCUUUGAUGUAUAUAAAAUUAAAUUAAAAAUGGAAAUGGGGUAUGUGUCAAAGAGGCAACAACCCUACCAUAGAGCAGACAACAGCAGAAGGUCGGCAAUAGGUCUUCAAUGCAACGAGAAAUUCCCGAACCCCUAAACAAAUAUAUAUAUAUACUAGUUCAGUCAUAAUGAACUCAAUACUAAACUCUUAAUUAUACAUGAGUUGAUUAAGGUAUCUAAAUAUCAAUAAUUAAAAAGAAAAAUGAAAAAUUGACAAAAGUUAAUAGAAAAGUUAAUAUUUAUCAACAUGAUGUAGUUUUCAAAAAUGAAGAUAAGACAGAUAUUUGUUCUUUAUCAUUUUCAAUUGGCUGUAAUGUUUUCUGCUACGUGCUGUUAUUUAUAUUGUUACGAAAGGUUUAUACAUGUAUUAAGAUGAGGAUAGCAUUUUUUUUUCAUAAACUGUUCAGUAUUCCUAAAUCACUGUUUUUGUAUUUUUUUUUGGAUACAACUAUUUUCCUAUUUUUACUUUCUAGUCAAAUAAAGCACGGUUUUAUUACAUAACAGUCAUAAUCUAAAAAAAUCUUCAAACCAUGAGUAGCGGUCCUACUGAAAAGCGCCCGGGAGCGCCCGGGAAGAGAAAAAGCGACCGGGGAAAAGAAAAAGCGCCCGGAGAAGGAAAAUUAGCGCCCGGAGAAGAAAAUUAGCGCCCGGGAGAAGAAAAAAAUAAUAUUUUA